GUGCCAAAUAACUUAUACUUAUAUUUCAUUGAAUGUACAAAAUAUUGAACAAUCUUUAAUUUAUAUUUUGAUGUUAUUAAGUUUUGAUUUAUUUUAUCUAUAUAUUACUAUAUACCGUGUUGAUUUGUCUAAUAUCAGGUAAGUCUUCCGGUGAUAUCCUUGUGCAAGUCUUUUCCAUGUGGUAGUCGACAUGACUUCCAAGCGUCGUAAUAAUGGACGCAGCAAAAAAGGGCGCGGGCACACGAAGCAUGUAAGAUGUACUAACUGUGCCCGCUGUGUUCCCAAAGACAAGGCCAUCAAGAAGUUUGUCAUAAGAAAUAUUGUGGAGGCAGCAGCUGUCAGAGAUAUCUCUGAUGCCAGUGUAUAUGAUGUUUAUGCAUUGCCCAAGCUAUAUGCUAAGCUACUGUACUGUGUAUCCUGUGCAAUCCAUUCAAAAGUAGUGAGAAACAGAUCACGAGAGGCACGUAAAGACAGAUCACCCCCACUGAGAUUCAGACCAAGAAUGGACGGAGGUCCACCCAGAGGACAAGGUGCUGGAGCUGGCGCAGGUACCGGAGGAGGUGGUGGCCAAGGCGGCGGUGGUCAAGGUGGUGGUGGUGGCGGCGGCGGAGGAGGCGGUCCCCCACAAAGAUCAUAAUUAAUAAAUGUCUUACAGUA